AUUACAGAAGCUACAGAUAAAAGGCAUUUAAAAUAUUUAAAAUAUGUAAAGGCAAAUGGAUGUGAUUGGGAUGUAGAUACAACAAGAAUUGCUGCUGCAAAUGGACAUUUAGAAUGCUUAAAAUAUGCUCAUGAAAAUGGAUGUCCUUGGAGUGAAGGCACAAUUUUAGCUGCUGCUAUAAAUGAUAAAUUAGAUUGUUUAAUAUAUGCCCAUAAAAAUGAAUGUAAAUGGGAUAAAGGAACGACAAUUGAAGCAGCUAACAAAGGUAAUAUUGAUAUUUUAAAAUAUGCUCACGAAAACGGGUGUGAAUGGGAUGAUGGUACAACAAGAUCUGCUGCAGCAAGAGGUUUUUUUGAUAUUUUAAAAUAUGCCCACGAAUGUGGUUAUAAUUGGGAUGAGUCUACAACUAGAGCUGCUGCAGCAAAUGGCAGUUUAGACUGCCUAAAGUACGCUCAUGAAAAUGAAUGCCCAUGGGAUGACAAAACAACCAGGGCCGCUGCUCAGUAUGGACAUUUAGAAAGUUUAAAAUAUGCUCAUGAAAAUGACUGUCCAUGGCAUACCGACACAACCGCAGACGCUGCUGCAAAUGGUCAUUUAGAAUGCUUAAAAUAUGCUCAUCAAAAUGGAUGUCUAUGGGAUGACAAAACAACGAGAGCUGCUGCUGAAAAUGGGCAUUUAGAAUGUUUAAAAUAUGCUCAUGAAAAUGGAUGCGAAUGGGAUGAAUUUACACCAAGAAGAGCUACUUUUAAGAAUUCUAUGGAAUGCUUAAAAUAUGCGCAUGAAAAUGGAUGUCCAUGGGAUGAAAAUACAACAAGAGUUGCUGCUGCAAAUGGGCAUAUAGAAUGUUUAAUAUAUGCACAUAAAAAUAAUUGUCCAUGGGAUGAAACGACAACAUAUGCAGCUGUAUUUUGGAAUAAUAUGGAAUGCUUAAUUUAUGCUAAUGUAAAUGGAUGUAAAUGGGAUGAUGAAACGACAAAGAUUGCUGCCGAAAACGGACAUUUAGAAUGCUUAAAAUAUGCUCAUGAAAAUGGCUGCCCAUGGCAUUCAGACACAACAAUGUACGCUGCUGCAAAUGGACAUUUAGAAUGUUUAAAAUAUGCUCAUGAAAAUGACUGUCCAUGGCAUACCGACACAACCGCAGACGCUGCUGCAAAUGGUCAUUUAGAAUGCUUAAAAUAUGCUCAUCAAAAUGGAUGUCUAUGGGAUGACAAAACAACGAGAGCUGCUGCUGAAAAUGGGCAUUUAGAAUGUUUAAAAUAUGCUCAUGAAAAUGGAUGCGAAUGGGAUGAAUUUACACCAAGAAGAGCUACUUUUAAGAAUUCUAUGGAAUGCUUAAAAUAUGCGCAUGAAAAUAAAUGUCCAUGGGAUGAAAAUACAACAAGAGUUGCUGCUGCAAAUGGGCAUAUAGAAUGUUUAAUAUAUGCACAUGAAAAUAAUUGUCCAUGGGAUGAAAAUACAACAAGAGUUGCUGCUGCAAAUGGGCAUAUAGAAUGUUUAAAAUAUGCUCAUGAAAAUGGCUGUCCAUGGCAUACAGACACAACAAAUUACGCUGUUUCAUAUGGACACUUAGAAUGCUUAAAAUAUGCUUAUGAAAAUGGCUGCCCAUGGCAUUCAGACACAACAAUGUACGCUGCUGCAAAUGGACAUUUAGAAUGUUUAAAGUAUGCUCAUGAAAAUGACUGUCCAUGGCAUACCGACACAACCGCUGACGCUGCUGCAAAUGGUCAUUUAGAUUGCCUAAAAUACGCUCAUGAAAAUGGAUGUCCAUGGGAUGUUACAACAACAAAGGCUGCUUAUGACAAUGAUCAUUUUGAAUGUUUGAAAUAUGCUCAUAAAAAUGGAUGCGAAUGGGAUACAUCAAUAAUGAAGAAUGCUGCUAAAUAUAACAAAUUGCAAUAUUUAAAAUAUGGACACGAAAAUGGAUGUAGUUUUUAUGAAGAUACAACAAGAGUUGCUGCUGCAAAUGGGUAUUUAGAAUGUUUAAAAUAUGCUCAUGAAAAUGGAUGUCCAUGGCAUACCGACACAACCGCAGACGCUGCUGCCAAUGGUCAUUUAGAAUGCUUAAAAUAUGCUCAUCAAAAUGGAUGUCCAUGGGAUGACAAAACAACGAGAGCUGCUGCUGAAAAUGGGCAUUUAGAAUGUUUAAAAUAUGCUCGUGAAAAUGGAUGCGAAUGGGAUGAAUUUACACCAAGAAGAGCUACUUUUAAGAAUUCUAUGGAAUGCUUAAAAUAUGCAUGUCCAUGGGAUGAAAAUACAACAAGAGUUGCUGCUGCAAAUGGGCAUAUAGAAUGUUUAAUAUAUGCACAUGAAAAUAAUUGUCCAUGGGAUGAAAAUACAACAAGAGUUGCUGCUGCAAAUGGGCAUAUAGAAUGUUUAAAAUAUGCUCAUGAAAAUGGCUGUCCAUGGCAUACAGACACAACAAAUUACGCUGUUUCAUAUGGACACUUAGAAUGCUUAAAAUAUGCUUAUGAAAAUGGCUGCCCAUGGCAUUCAGACACAACAAUGUACGCUGCUGCAAAUGGACAUUUAGAAUGUUUAAAGUAUGCUCAUGAAAAUGACUGUCCAUGGCAUACCGACACAACCGCUGACGCUGCUGCAAAUGGUCAUUUAGAUUGCCUAAAAUACGCUCAUGAAAAUGGAUGUCCAUGGGAUGUUACAACAACAAAGGCUGCUUAUGACAAUGAUCAUUUUGAAUGUUUGAAAUAUGCUCAUAAAAAUGGAUGCGAAUGGGAUACAUCAAUAAUGAAGAAUGCUGCUAAAUAUAACAAAUUGCAAUAUUUAAAAUAUGGACACGAAAAUGGAUGUAGUUUUUAUGAAGAUACAACAAGAGUUGCUGCUGCAAAUGGGUAUUUAGAAUGUUUAAAAUAUGCUCAUGAAAAUGGAUGUCCAUGGCAUACCGACACAACCGCAGACGCUGCUGCCAAUGGUCAUUUAGAAUGCUUAAAAUAUGCUCAUCAAAAUGGAUGUCCAUGGGAUGACAAAACAACGAGAGCUGCUGCUGAAAAUGGGCAUUUAGAAUGUUUAAAAUAUGCUCGUGAAAAUGGAUGCGAAUGGGAUGAAUUUACACCAAGAAGAGCUACUUUUAAGAAUUCUAUGGAAUGCUUAAAAUAUGCGCAUGAAAAUGGAUGUCCAUGGGAUGAAAAUACAACAAGAGUUGCUGCUGCAAAUGGGCAUAUAGAAUGUUUAAUAUAUGCACAUGAAAAUAAUUGUCCAUGGGAUGAAACGACAACAUAUGCAGCUGUAUAUUGGAAUAAUAUGGAAUGCUUAAUUUAUGCUAAUGUAAAUGGAUGUAAAUGGGAUGAUGAAACGACAAAGAUUGCUGCCGAAAAGGGACAUUUAGAAUGCUUAAAAUAUGCACUCGACAGUGGAUGUCCAUGCCAUUACGAUACAACAAGGGCUGCUGCUGAAAAUGGGCAUUUAGAAUGUUUAAAAUAUGCUCAUGAAAAUGGCUGUCCAUGGCAUACAGACACAACAAAUUACGCUGUUUCAUAUGGACACUUAGAAUGCUUAAAAUAUGCUUAUGAAAAUGGCUGCCCAUGGCAUUCAGAUACAACAAUGUACGCUGCUGCAAAUGAACAUUUAGAAUGCUUAAAAUAUGCUCAUGAAAAUGGCUGUCCAUGGCAUAUAGACACAACAAUGUACGCUGCUUCAUAUGGACAUUUAGAAAUCUUAAAAUAUGCUCAUGAAAAUGGCUGUCCAUGGCACAAAGAUACAACUAGAAUUACUGCUUCAAAGGGGCAUUUAGAAUGCUUAAAAUAUGCUCACGAAAAUGGGUGUCUUUGGAGUGAAGGCACAAUAUUAGUUUCUGCUAUAAAUAAUUAUUCAGAUUGUUUAAUAUAUGCCCAUAAAAAUGGAUGUCAAUGGGAUGAAGGAACGACAAUUGAAGCAGCUAAUAAAGGUAAUUUAGAUAUUUUAAUAUAUGCUUAUGAAAAUGGAUGUGUAUGGGAUGAUGGUACACUUAGAGCUGCUGCAGGAGGAGGUGAUUAUAAUUGUUUAAAAUAUGCUUACGAAAAGGGUUGUAGUUGGGAUAAGUUUACGGCGAGAGCUGCUGCAGCAAGUGGCAGUUUAGACUGCCUAAAGUAUGCUCAUGAAAAUGGAUGCCCAUGGGAUAAAACAACAACAGAAGCGGCUGCUGAGUAUGGGCAUUUAAAUUGUUUAAAAUAUGCUCAUGAAAAUGAAUGUCCAUGGGAUAAUAAUACAACAGAAGAAGCAGCUAAAAAUGGACGUUUAGAAUGUUUAAAAUAUGCACAUGAAAAUGGAUGUCCAUGGAAUAAAUAUACAACAUAUUAUGCUGCUUCAUCGGGAUAUAUAAGUUGUUUGAAAUAUGCUCACGAAAAUAGAUGUGAUUGGACUGAAGAUGUAACAAUGUUGGCUGCUUCAAGUGGACACAUUGAAUGUUUAAAAUAUGCGCAUGAAAAUGGAUGUCCAUGGGAUGACCGCACAAUUAGUGCUGCUGCUUCACAAGGUAAUUUUAUAUGCUUGAAGUAUGCCCAUGAAAAUGGAUGUCCUUGGUUUGAAGAUACAACAAAUAUUUUUGCUGCGAAAGGACAAUUAGAAUAUUUAAAAUAUGUACAUGAAAAUGGAUGCCCAUGGAAUGUUGAGACAACUAGAUCUGCAGCUUUAGAGGGUAAUUUAGAAUGUUUAAAAUAUGCUCACGAAAAUGAAUGUCCGUGGGAUGAAAANGCCCACGAAAAUGGAUGUCCGUGGGAUGAAAGAACAUCAAUAUCUGCUGCUGCAAAUGGACAUUUAGAAUGUUUAGAAUAUGCACAUAAAAAUGGAUGUCCAUGGGAUGUAAACACAACUAAAGCAGCAGCACAAAAUUGUAGUUUGGAAUGUUUAAAAUAUGCACACGAAAAUAGAUGUCCAUGGGAUGAAAGCACAACUAGAGCUGCUGCAGAAAGAGGAUGUUACAAAUGUUUAUUUUAUGCCUUCGAAAAUGGAUGUGUUUGGGAUAAACGUACAACUAGAGUUGCUGCUGCAAGUGGCUGUUUAGAUUGCUUAAGAUAUGCUCAUGAAAAAGGGUGUAAUUGGGAUGAAUUUACAAUAGUUACAGCUGCCAUGUUUGGUAAUUUAGAUUGUUUAAAAUAUGCCCAUGAACAUGGUUGUGAGUGGGUUAAAGGAACAACGAGAGUGGCUGCUGCAAAUGGACAUUCAGACUGUCUAAAGUAUGCAUGUGAAAAUGGUUGUGAAUGGGACGAAGGCACAACAAGAGAAGCUGCUGCUAGUGGUUGCAUUAACUGCUUGAUAUUUGCACAUGAAAAUGGUUAUAAUUGGGAUGAAGGGACAAAAAGUGGAGCUGCUGCAAAUGGUAAUUUCAACUGCUUAAAAUAUGCUCAUGAAAAUGGAUGUGAGUGGGACGAAGGCACAACUAGGCUUUGUGCUAUAUAUGGUCAAUAUUAUUGCUUAAAAUAUGCCCAUGAAAAUAAUUGCCCAUGGAGUAAAUAUACCAUUGAAGAAGCUAUUCGAAAUGACUAUGAUUAUAUAUUAAANACAUACACGUGUAUUAGUAUUAAAUAUUUGUUUACAAAUAGGUAUGUAGACGAUUCCGUGGAAGACAGCGGAUAA